GGCAGCGCGGAGGCAAAUAAACAGCGUGUUUGUUUGAACCGAGUGAUCCAAUGUGUUUUCUUGCCCGCUCGUCUAUCUUGGCGUGAGCGCCUGCGGCCCAAUUGGAGAGCGGCGUCCGUCUCGCCGCUCGGGAAGGCCCCCUCGGCCCCCCUCCCUCCCCGCAAAGUCUUGCCGGCAGCUCGGCGGGAUAAAAGCGGCCCGCUCGGAGCGGGCCAGGACAUUUGGGAGCGGGAUGGCAGGAGGCACGUGGCGCUGGUACCCGAGAGGCGCGGCGGGCCCGCCGGCGCUGCUGCUGGUGGUCCUGGCGUUGUGCGGACCCUCGCUGCAAGGAGGCGUGAGCUUACCGGUUGGAGCCGGAGAAGCGGCCGGAAUCGGCGCAGGUGCCGGAACUGGAUUCGGACCAGGCGGCACGGGCACGGGAUUCGGUCCUGGUGGUGGAGGCUUCGCUCAGGGAGGUGGCUUUGUCGGUCCAGGAGCAGGAGGGUUCCAGCCCGGCACCUACAGUCCGGGCAGCGGGGGAGUGGGAGGUGCGGCCGGAAGUUUUGGGGCCGGUGCGAAGCCUCCGAAAACAGGUGGCGCCUACGGUGGCCAAGGAGGACUGAGUGGAGGUUUUGGACCGGGACUAGCAACGGGUGGUGCAGGCGCAGGUGCGGGUGGACUCGGAUUCGGGGGUCUUGGACGUUAUGGAACUGGGGGAGCCUCUGCAGCCGGUUUGGGUUUCGGAGGUCAAGCGGGUGUGGUCCAAGCGCUUGGAUCGCAAGGCGCCGGUCAAGGAACCGGGACGGGCCUCGUACCCGGAGGUGGCUUUGGAGGUGCUUAUGGACAAGGCGGCAGUAGCCAGUAUCCAGGACUUGGUGGAACUGGACCCAAACCUCCGAAAUCAGGUUAUAGUCCAGGGGGAACAGGAUUCGGACCUGAUGGUGCAGGGUCCGGACCAGGGAGUGCUAGAGUUGGGCCUGAAGGCAUCGGAUUCGGACUUGGACGUGCAGAGGGUGGGCCUGGAGGUGCAAGGUUUGGACCUGGAAGUGCAGGGGUGGGGCCUGCGGGUGCAAGGUUUGGACCUGGAAGCGCAGGGGUGGGGCCUGCGGGUGCAGGAUUCCUACCUGGGGCUGCAGGGCUUGGACACGGGGCUGCAGGAGUUGGGCCUGGCAGUAAAGCAUCAAAACAACUUCCAGGUGUAGGGGUUCCUGGACUGUACCAAGGUGGAUUUGUACCAAGUCAAGAUUUUGCAAGCCGAGGUGUUGUCCCUGGAGUGGCAACUGGAACUGGACUUGGACCGCAGGCUGGUGGCAGAGUACCCGGCCAAGGUGCAGACGACGGUCGAGGACAUCAACUGCCAGGGGUUUUUCGUGGAUACCCUCUCAUAUCGCCCAAGUCAGGCACAGGAAAGUCAAAAAGUCCAGCCAAAGCAGCAGCCAAGUAUGGUAAAGGCACUUUACAUUCGCUUCAUGCCAUACCUUUGAUGACAUCCUCAAUACAGUCAUCAAUGCUUGAGCUAACCUCACUGUGUUCGCCGGGUGGAGCUGGAGCAGGUACCCUUGGUCAAGUUGGUGCUGGACUACCUGCUGGAGGGACUGGUCUCCCUGGAUUUGUCGGUGGACCUGGAGCUGUUCCUGCAUUCGGAGGCGGAGUUGGAUCAGCUGGGGGACCUGGAGCUGUUCCUGGAUAUGGGGGUGGAAUGGGAACAACGGGUGGACCGGGAGCUCUUCCUGGAUAUGGCGGUGGAGCUGGAACAGGUUAUGGUCCUGGCUCAGCCAAAGCACUCAAAUAUGAGCAAUAUGGUGGCGUCAGCACCGGUGCGACUGGAGGCCUUGGCGUACCGGGAGGGCGCUAUGGUGCUGGCACGGGUGGCCCUGGAUAUGGUGGCGCUGGCACUGGGACAGACGGUCCUGGAUAUGGCCCAGGUGCUGCUGGAACUGGGUUAGGUGGUACCGCCGGUGGACCUGGCGGAAGAGGUUAUGGGCCAGGGAGUAGUGGUACUGGACCAGGAAGAGCUGGACAAGUACUCGGAGGAAUAGGAACAGGAUCUGCUGGGUACAACGGCAAUGCCAAAGCCCGUAAAUAUGGCAUGUUCAGUGGAGCACUGGGAAGUCAAGGAAUGAGUACUGGAGGCGUUGGACCGGGCGGAGCUGGCAUGGGCUAUGGACCAGGAGGGGUCAGGCCUGGUGGUGUUGGUACAGGGUUUGGACCUGGAGGAAUUGUACCUAGUGGUACUGUGGCAGGGUUUGGCCCGGGAGAAGUCAGACCUGGAGGUGCAGGUAAAAGUUACGGGGCAGGAGGGGUUAUUGGACCUGGGGGCGCUGGUACACGUUUUGCACCCGGAAUUGGAAUGGUGCCUGGUGGCGCGAGCACUGCCUACAGACCAGAGGCAGGAGUUGGGCCUGGAGGAGCUGGCACUGGAUUUGGACCAGGUGCAGGAGUUGGACCUGGAGGUACUCUAAAUGGACCAGGAGGUUAUGCUGGUGCCAAAGCCCGCAAAUACGGUGGACUUGGUGUUGUAAGUGGACCAAGUUCCGGCCUUGGAGGAGCAGGGUUCCACGGGCGAGGCGCUGGACAAAUAGCUGGAGGAGCCGGUGCAGGACUCGGGGCAAGUGGACUGCCCCCUUCUAGUGUUGGAAUUGGGGGAGCACCUGCUGGUUUUGGACCAGGUGGUGCCGGAGGUCUUCCUGUUGGCGGUGGAGCGCCUGGGUCGGGUGUAGAUGGAAGACGAGGGGGAGCGCCGGGGACCGGUGGAACCGGAUAUGGACUUGGGGGUUACAGCCCUGAGGCCGUCCCUGGGACAGGCUUUGAAUCAGCGGCAGGCCACAGUGCAGGGACAGGGACUGGAUAUGGACCAGAAGAUGGAGUUGGCUCGAAAGCUGCCAAAUAUGGACAAGGUGGAGCCGGACAAGGCGGAGUCGCUGGAGGGGUACUCGGAGGCGGACGUGGACAAGGCGGAGUCGGUGGAGGGGUACUCGGAGGCGGGCCCGGACAAGGUGGAGUCGCUGGAGGGGUACUCGGAGGCGGACGUGGACAAGGCGGAGUCGGUGGAGGGGUACUCGGAGGCGGGCCCGGACAAGGGGGAGUCGCUGGAGGGGUACUCGGAGGCGGACGUGGACAAGGCGGAGUCGGUGGAGGGGUACUCGGAGGCGGGCCCGGACAAGGUGGAGUCGGUAGUGGGGGAUUCGGAGGCGGGCCCGGACAAGGUGGCGUCGGUGGAGGAUUACUCGGAGGCGGAGUCGGACAAGGGUACGGUGUAGCUGAAUCCAAGGCAGACAAAUAUGGUCAAACUGGCGGAGCGUCAUCGGGACCGGGCGGUGGCACUGGCGCUCCGGUCAGCGGUACCAGAGUGUACGUCAACGGAAGCGGCAGGGGCGAUGCCGCUCACACAACAAGACCUGGCGGGCGAGGCACUGCACGAGGAACAAUGGCGCCAUUAGCAGAAGGCACGUACACAACAACUAUAAGCCGUAGCGAUUCUUCUAACGUCUUUGAACGACCUGUGACAUUGUUGGUUGUUACUGACCCAGGUGGGAGUCGCAUUGACGUUGGAAAGGACAGAAAAGAAUUUGACGGAAGUGAGGGUGGUCCAGGCGGUAUGAUAGAGGGGUCUGGCAUUGCUGCAGGAGAAGGGGCCAGCGGGGGGGUCGCUGGCAGCCCAUUUGGUGCAGGAGCUGAUGGAGACGGUCUUAGAGGAACAGGAAUUCCCAUCCCUGGAGGAAGACCGGGGUUCGGUGGGACUCCUCUUCCAGGAUCCACAGGAGCCGCACCCGGUGGUGGGGGAGCUGUCCAACCAACCGGCGCAAGUGGGGUCCUACCUGGAGCUCAACCUCUCAAACCACCUGGAGUCCCGAGAGGAGACACCCCAGGUGAGGGAGAGGGAGAAAUACGUCCCGAUGGAAGCGCAGAUGGUCGACGUAGGACAGGAGGAGAAGGUGUCGGAGACUCUGGAACUGGAUUUGGACUAGCAGGAGGCGCAACACCUAAACCAUCCAAAGCAUACAAUCCAGAUGGGACCAAAGUUGGAGCUUUACCUGGUGGAGUAGAAGGUGGCACCGGGGUAGUUGGAGGAGGUCCAGGAGGAGUUGGGACCGGACCUGGUGUAGUUGAAGGAGGUCCAGGAGGUGGGACUGGACUUGGUGGAAGUGGAGGAUAUCCAGGAGGUGUUGGGGCCUCUGCCGGACUAGGAACAGGUCUCACAAAACCUGGAAAAAGUUAUGGUGCUAGUGGAGCUGGAGCCUUCCCAGCUGGAGGUCUACGCUUCCCGACUGGAGCUGGUGCAGGACAAGGAGCGUAUGGGAACUUUGGUCCAGGAAGUCAAGGUGGGCGUGGGGCUGGCGGCUAUGAUGGUGCCGGAGGUGUUGGCCCCAUUCCGGGAGGAGUUGGGACAGGAACAGGUGUGAUUGGAGGAGGUCCAGGACAAUUGGGGACUGGGCCUGGUGCCGUCGGCGGAGGUACAGGAGUCGUCGGAACGGGUCUUGGCGGCAUGGUACCUGGCAGAGUAGGACCGGGGAUCACAAAACCUGGAAAAAGUUAUGAUGGUGCUGGUGGAGCUGGAGUCUUGCCAGGUGGAGGUCUACGCUUUCCGAACGGCGCCGGUGUAGGGCAAGGAGGAAAACCAGGCAAAAGUACUGUCCUUUUCUUUGAGGACUGUCUUGCUUCCGCGAGAUAUGUUUUCAUCAUAUAUUUGUCUUCAUAUCAGCUUAUGGUACUUUCGGAGCGGGGGGCCAAGGUGGACUUGGACCUGGCGGCUAUGCUGGACCCGGAGGUGUUGGUGCCGGUCAUGGAGGCUAUGGUACAGGGCUUGGAGGUUUUGGUUUUGGUCCUGGGCUCAGCAGUUAUGGGGGUGGACCUGGAGCCUAUGACGCCAAGCUCGGAGGCAGGGGCGUGGGUGGUAAUCUUGGUGGAACUGGAAACGUUGGAUUUGGACCCGCUGGAGCGGGUCCUGGAGGACUGGGAGGAGGACCGGGUUAUGGCGGGGGUGCCGGUGGACUGGGAGGAUAUGCUGGUAAGCUUGAAUUUCUGUAAAAAAACGUUCUUCAAAAGUAUUUUUAUUGAUAUGGCAUGCUCUCUCUCAUUCAGGUUCAAGGCACGGUGCUGGAAAACCAUCAAAAAGUAUGCAGACACCGACAAACAUCCAAUCAGGCCUUCGCCUCCAGCACAUAAACAGAAACAUGAUUUAUUUGUAGGCUAUGGGGCAGGAGCUGUUGGAAAUAGAAAUGGGUUUGGUGGCUACGGAACCGGAGGAGUUGGAGCCGCGUCCGGUCCAGGGGGUUUCGGACAAGGUGGUAUUGGUCCUGGAGCAUAUGGGCCUGGCACUGCAGGAGCAGGACAACGAUUGGGUGGUGUUGGAACUGGGACAGGUGGCUACGGACCAGGUGGUGGUGGUGCCACAGGGCCUGGCGGCUAUGGAGCUGGUGGAGCGGGUCAAGGAUUGAACAUCGGGAAGCCCGCCAAAUCUGGCUAUGGUUCAUCCUCACUUGGAGGAGCUGGCUAUGGCAGUGGUACCUACGUACCAGGCGGUGCCGGCACGGGAGCAGGUGGAUUUGGACCAGGUGGUGGCUUCAGACCCAGCGGUGCCGGCACGGGAACCGGUGGUUUCGGACCGGGAGGUGGUCUCCGACCAGGAGGUGCCGUAACAGGAGGCUUCAUACCGGGCAAUGCUGGCACAGGAACAGGUGGCUUUGGACCCGGUGGUGACUUCAGACCAGGUGCUUCAGGUCCUGGAACAGGUGGAUUGGUACCAAGCGGUGCUACCAAGGGCAGGGGAGGCUUCACACCAGGUGCUGCCGGCAUGGGAACCGGUGGAAUUGGACCAGGGGCUGCUGGAGCAGGCGGCUUCGGUCCAGCCGGAGCAGGCAUGGGAAUGGGUGGAUUUGGACCGGCGGCUGCUGGAGCAGGCGGCUUCGGUCCAGCCGGAGCAGGCAUGGGAACGGGUGGAUUUGGACCGGCGGCUGCUGGGGCAGGCGGCUUCGGUCCAGGCGGUGCAGGCACAGGAACAGGUAGUUUUGGACCUGGAGUUUCCGGCGCAGGAGCAGGUGGCUUCGGUCCAGGUGGUGCCGGCCCAGGAUUAGGUGGUUUUGGACCAGGUGGCCAAUCAUCCGGCAAAGGUAAACCCUUGAUACCGGGUGGUGCUGUUUCCAAUGGAGUGGGACCAGGCAGCUAUGGCCCGGGGGGAACUGGGACGGGCUCUUAUGGCUUCGGGCCCAGGGGUGCUGGACUCGGAGGCUAUGGUCCGGGAGCGGCUGGAAGUGCACCGACGAUCGGUGGCCGUGCGGGAUACGGACCUGGCGGGCAAGCGCUUGGAGCGACAAAACCUGCAAAGUCAGGUUACGGAUCGUCUUUUGGAGGAGCAGGAUAUAGGCCGGCAGGGGGUGCCAUGAGCGGCUUUGGCGGACCGGCUCCCGGAGGCUAUCCCGGAUACGCGGGAGCCGCACAAAAAUCGAGCGCGCAGAAGGCAGCCAAGUACGCCGCCAUGCAGGGCCUGUUGGCAGCGGGAGCCUACGGAGGCGGAGGCGGCUGCCAGGGCAAAUACUGCGGCCCGAGGAGGAAGUGAGAGCGUCGGGCGGGAUGUGACCUCAUCGCAACAACAGAGCAAACGCAUCCUACCUUCGCUGGAGCCUGGGCACAUCCGGCAGAUGUCAGCUGCUCGCCGCCGCCAUCGGGAUUCCCUGGAGCCAAACAAAAAAAAAUCAAAUAAAAUGUUCAAAAACGUCUUUUAGCCAAGCAUCCCAAGUGAAGAAAA